AUGCUUGCAGCAGUGGUGUGUAUGCUUAAUCAAUCAAGGCAACACCGUCGUCGUGCCCCGAAUGUGGACAGACGGAGGGAGUCUCGGGGUCUUAUCCCAGAGCAAAAACUUACAGCUACUUUGCGGAUGCUUGCUUAUGGGGCAUCUGCAGAGCAGGUGGAUGAGAUUGCAAGGAUGAGAAAAUCUACUAUCUUAGAGUGCUUGGUGAGAUUCUGUGUUGCAGUGGAAAAUUUGUACACGAUGAAGUACCUUCGCAAACCCACGCUGAGGGACCUGCAAAGGCUUCUACAAAAAAGUGAGGCUCGAGUGUUUGGCGAGGUAUUGCGAGGUCAUUCCCCCCCAGGUCACGUACCAAAUCAACAAUACCGUAUACUCUGGUGCGACUACCUUGCCGACAGAAUUUAUCCUAGGUGGACGACAUUCGUGAAAACAAUUCCGAAUCCCCAAUCCGAGAAGGAAAGAAGCUUUGCUUCCUUUCAAAAAGGUUAUAGGAAAGACGUGGAGAGGUGUUUCGGUAUCUUGCAAGCUCGUUGGGAAAUUAUUAGGGGUGCUGCUCGGAUGCUAGAUGAGGAGGUGUUGCGGAGUAUUAUGAUGAUUUGCAUCAUCCUCCACAACAUGAUUGUGGAGGAUGAGUAUGACUACGAUGCUCCAGAGGUGUUUGAACCCGAUCCUAUGAACACGGCGUUGACAAGAAUAUAUGAAAGUCCGGUGGGACCAAAUGGACUACCAAUGGAGCCCGAAUCGUUACUUCGGGAUGGUCGAUUCAACAACCCCAUGAUUGAUCGUUAUCAAGAAAUGCAAUCUUCAUAUGUUCACGAGAGACGUCAAGUUGACUUGAUCGAGCAUUUGUGGGAGAUGAAAGGCAAUCACAAUGGAUGA